AGUCACCGACCUUAAAAAAGAAAAAAUAAUAUUUUUUCUUACAAAUAAAGCGCAAAGGCCAAGCAGCGAAGCAUGAUUUAUUUUAUUUUGUCUUUCUAUCUCUCUCUUUUUUUUAGUAGUUUUCUUCUAUUUACUUCUAGGUUUUCAUUAGAAACAAACCGAAUAAUCUAAGAAAGAAAAAAAAUUAAAAUUAUUUUUAAAAAAAAUUCAACUAAUAAUAAUUAGGACAUAUUGAUCAACAACCAAAUUGGAAACCUAAUUCCUUUGCCCUCUAUUUUUAAACAAAAAGGAAAAAGGAAUAUUUUCUUAUCCUUUUUUGUAUUUUCUUCAUAAAAUGCCGAGAUAUUUUGAAGCUUGAAAAACUUGGGCAAAUCAACGAUGAGAGAUUCUUCACUGCGGGCCGAAGAUUUGAAUGCGCCAUCAACUUCCAGCUCGCGAAAGACCAGCAAUGUCUUUCAUUUAUUGGCACAAAGAGAAGUUUCUCCACGAACAAAACGGUCAUCUCGAAAGCUAUGGGGAGAAGAGUCAAAGAGCCAUCUUGAUUCCUGCAGGCCAAAAUGUCUAGCAAAAAGAGAUGCUAGAUCUGAUCUUCUUUCCUGGGUAGAGUCAGAGUCGUUGCGGCAUUUUUCAGCAAAAUACUGCCCAUUGUUGCCUCCUCCAAGGUCUACUAUUGCAGCAGCCUUCAGUCCUGACGGAAAAACACUUGCUUCUACACAUGGAGAUCAUACAGUUAAGAUUAUUGAUUGCCAAACUGGCAACUGUUUGAAGGUGUUGAGUGGUCAUCGCAGGACGCCUUGGGUGGUCAGAUUCCAUCCAUUGUAUCCAGAGAUACUUGCAAGUGGAAGUUUGGACCAUGAAGUUCGCUUGUGGAAUGCAAAUACUGCUGAGUGUAUAGGGACACGUGAUUUCUACCGCCCUAUUGCAUCCAUUGCUUUCCAUGCUCAAGGGGAAGUUCUUGCAGUAGCCUCAGGACAUAAGUUAUAUAUAUGGCAUUACAACAGGAGGGGAGAGACAUCCUCUCCGGCUAUUAUACUGAAGACGAGACGUUCACUUCGAGCUGUACAUUUUCAUCCAUAUGCUGCUCCUUUUCUUUUGACUGCAGAGGUCAAUGAUCUUGACUCAUCUGAUUCGUCAAUGACAGUGGCAACUUCUCCUGGUUUCUUGCGAUAUCCAGCCCCAACUGUAUAUUUGGCUAAUGAUCGACCUAAUUUGGCAAAUGAACUACCUCUAAUGUCUUUACCUUUCAUGAUAUGGCCAUUAUUUGCUAGAGAUAAUGGGAGAACAUCUUUGCAGAAUAUUGAUGGUGACACUGGUUCAAAUGGUGUGCAUCAGAGAGGUGAUCAACCUGCCUCAGUACGGCUUCUGACCUAUUCAACUCCAACUGGGCAGUAUGAACUUUUGUUGUCUCCUGUUGAACCAAAUAGCUCUUCUCCAUUACCAGAAGAAAUAGGAGCCAAUCCUUUACCGACUGAGAUGGAAACUGAUGUUUCCAAUUCUGCAAUGGAGCCCAUGGAGACGAUGGAGGUCCAGUCUGUGGAAAGAACUACUCAGUUUUUCCCUUUUGGUGAUCCUACCUCAUGGGAGCUACCUUUCUUGCAAGGAUGGUUAAUUGGUCAGACCCAAGCUGGUCAGCGCAAUAUGCGUUUGGCUACUGGUGGUGGUCAUGAGAAUUCACUCCCAGCUGGUGAAACAGGAACUUCUGCUUCAGUAGCUUCUUCAGGUAUGGUCACGAGUGUUAGCCAAACAAGAGUUUCUGGAAGACCAAGUUCACGGCAUCGUUCUUCGCGUUCUCGCAUGGUCUCCUCAAGUGGAACUGGUGAAUCUGGUUAUAGCAACAUCAUACAUGAGAGUAGCGAUCCUCAACCUGCUGUUGGCAGAAUUCCAUCUGAACUUGCCACAUCACUUGCGGCUGCGGCAGCAGCAGAACUACCUUGCACUGUAAAGCUUAGAAUAUGGCCACAUGAUAUGAAAGACCCUUGUGCUUUCCUUGAUCCCGAGAAAAGUCGCUUGACCAUUCCACAUGCUGUGCUUUGUAGUGAAAUGGGUGCACAUUUUUCACCGUGUGGGAGAUUUUUAGCAGCCUGUGUUGCCUGUGUGCUUCCUCAUUUGGAAGCCGAUCCUGGAGUUCAGAGCCAGCUUAAUUCUGAUGUUGCAGGAGUUGCUACCUCCCCCACACGACACCCAAUUUUGGCACACCGGGUUAUGUAUGAGCUUCGUAUAUAUUCACUUGAGGAGGCCACAUUUGGGUUGGUGCUUGCUUCACGGGCAAUAAGAGCUGCUCACUGCUUAACAUCUAUUCAGUUUUCACCCACAUCAGAGCAUAUACUGCUUGCCUAUGGUCGCCGCCAUAGCUCACUUCUCAAAAGUGUGAUAAUAGAUGGACAGACCACGGUGCCCAUUUAUACCAUUCUGGAGGUGUACAGAGUUUCUGAUAUGGAGCUUGUGAGAGUUCUUCCAAGUGCAGAGGAUGAGGUAAAUGUAGCUUGCUUUCAUCCUUCUGUCGGAGGUGGCCUUGUAUAUGGAACAAAGGAAGGAAAGCUAAGGAUUCUCCAGUAUGAUAGUUCUAAUAGUACAACUCAUAAUGCGUCCGGUUUUCUUGAUGAAAAUAUGUUCGAGGUCCCAACAUAUGCCUUAGAAUGCUAGUGUGACCGGUAAAGCCUGUUUGGUUGGCUUGCAGUUCGGCUUUGAUGGAUAAGAUCAAUAAUUCCUGGAGUUCAGUUACGAAAACUGAAUGCAUCAACGUCGUAUUUUUUAACAUUUAAGAAAUAAAAGUGAACAAGAACAAUGCUGAUUUUAGCCAUCAAUGUUUUGUGGACUUAGGUCCGAGUGUUGAAUUCAGAUGUGUAUUCAAACACAUUUUUUCUUAGUUUUUUUUUGCAUAUUUGGAGAAUUGUUUCCCUAUACCCAACUCCUAAAUACUUCAUGAAAAGUGAAAAGUUGGACUCAGAGCAACAUAGCUAGCAAUUUAUUUGAUCUAAUAUUUACUCUGUGUCAUUCAGGAUGACCGACAUAAACACUGCCGUCUUGCGUACAUUAUUUAUUUUGUCACGGCUGUGAAUUAGUCGCACACUUUGCCCCUUCUGUAAAGUUUCUCAGCUGGUAGGUAGAUGCAAAUCCGAUUUUGUAUUUCCAUUUGUUGCUUCUUAGAGACACAUUUACAUCAUGGAAAUCGAUCGAAACUCGAAACGAGGUGAAUCAGGAUAAGAAUGUGGGUUGUUUGCAUCUACUACUUGUUCAGGUUUAAAUGAAAAUUGUUGGAAAUAUGCUUUUCUGUCUUUGGUUUGAUUUUUGAAUUUUUGUUGUUUUAUUGACAUAUACAGAUUGGUAGAUUAUAAUUUAGUUUUCUAGAUUUGCAACUUUUAGUGUAAUGAACUCUACUGAAAAUUUUCUUUUUCAGUCUUGUUCCUGUUUCAGUUUCUGGCUCCAUUUUAUUAUCCCUAAA